AUGACAAAGACAAAUGAUUUCGAUUUAUGUAAACAAUAUGUAAUGAAUUAUAUAGAAAAUAAUAAAAAACAAUUGAAUCAUUGUCAAUUUGAAUUAACAAAACAAGAACAACAAUUUCAAACAUGUCCAAUGAUAGAAUUAUCAUUUGAACAAAUUGAGCAUCGACUUAAAGAAUUAGUGAAUCGUGAACGAAAAUAUUUAUCAAAAAGAAAUAGUGAUAAAUUGAUGAAAUUUAAAGGUGAUAUUUCUGAAAAACAACUAUUGACAACGAUAUCCGCGUCUUCUAUUAUGAGCAAUCAACAAGUAAAUCCAUUUGAUUUUUAG